GGCGUCGUUCCGCGACAGGUCAUUGAAACCUUGUUUCGCUACUUGUUCUGCUUGUAGGCUCUGGACGGCAUCGCAAACCAAAGAGCUUCUCAGGGCUCCGUUUUCCAUAUCCACUUCGGUCUCUCUUUUCCCCUCCAAUUUAUUCCAACCGGUUAAGAAAGAUGCACAAGAACAAGGGAGGAGACGAAAGAGGGCGAUCCUCUACGAGACCAAUGGGUAGAAACAACCAAAAUCCACACACCAAGGACCAAGAAUUGGACUCGAACGACCUCAGAACGGACAUGAGGGAGAUUUACAAGCGUAUUGAGCUCCUGGGCUCUUCUCAUAUGACAUGGAAGGAGAGGAAGGAGUUGGAGAACAAGAAGGUGGUUGCUCUAGGUGGAAAGCCUCCAAAGAAGCAGAGACUACCUCUAAGUAUAGCAAGAGUGGUCAUGAAGAAACAAAAGGACAGGGAGCAAAAGCAGCUGCAAGAGAACGUGAUUCUUGGACGUUUUGGAGGAAAAUCCAGAGGUGGGUCGAAAAGAUCUGUGGAGAAGCGAAGGCCUGAGGAUAGGGUUCUAAGAGCAAGUGAAGGUUACUUCAAAAAUGGUGUCCUUGAUGUGAAACAUUUGUUACGUCCGACAUCAUCCAGAGACAGGGAUGGUGGUGCCCAUGUGAACUUCACAGGUCCAAAGAAGGGAGGUGGAAAGAAGGGUGGUGGAAAGAAGGGAGGUGGAAAGAACAAAGGUAAGAAGGGUGGUAAGAAACGCCAUUAAUACGUAAAGAUGGACUAUCUUUUUUCCGGAAUUGCGAACAUGUUCUUUCCAUCUAUGUGACCUGUUGGCAUUGGAGGUCAAACUAUGCUUAUUGUGAUUCACCCAGAAUUCAGCCUGCAAGUAGUUUUACUGAGAUUAGUUGUUAACCAUAUAGUAGGAACUCUUAUAUGUUUAUUGUUUUCUUCAUUGUUACAUUUCAAGAUGCUAGCAAUCCUUGGGUAUUAUCUCCUUGGUUUUUAUCAAAAGGGAUCCGUCUCAAGAAGAAUUUUUUAUGUAUACAUACAAUUUGUACUUUGUUGUUUUGGAUUGUUUUUCUAGAAGAAAGAAAAGAUGUC